GGGGAGCGGCGACAGAGCUCUGCCGGCGGCUGCGAGCGCGGGAACAGGGCGCAGCAUGUUCGCGGCUGUCGGGGGCCUCGGGGGCCUCCGGCGCCUCCGCCUGGGGCGCAUCUUACGCUGGGCCCCGGGAGCGCACGGAGAAGCCGCGCCCCGGCCCAUCGCGCCUCUGCGGCCUCGGGGUCUGCCCCGCUACUGCAGCGGCCGGGCGGCCAGUGGCUCUGAGCCCCAAGGUCCAGGAAAGGUCCACCGGGUCCCCGCCGAGUACAAGCCUUCGCAAUUCGAUAAGAAAAUCCUGCUGUGGACCGGGCGUUUCAAAGCGAUGGAGGACAUCCCGCCUCGGAUCCCGCCAGAAAUGAUAGAUGCUGCAAGAAACAAGGCUCGGGUGAAAGCUUGUUACAUAAUGAUUGGACUCACCAUUAUCGCCUGUUUUGCAGUGAUAGCCUCUGCCAAAAGGGCUGCAGAACGACAUGAAUCCUUAACAAGUUGGAACCUGGCAAAGAAAGCUAAGUGGCGUGAAGAAGCUGCAUUGGCCGCACAGGCGAAGGCCAAAUGAAAUUCUAAGUGACACAGUGUUAAUCAGAGGAUCAUUACUAUUAUCAAAAACAAUAAAAGAUAGGUAAAAUAGAAUAUUUAACAAAAUAAUUGCCAUGGUUUUAUUUGGUAAAGAGAAGCACAAAGUCUUUUUAUUUUUACUUUUUAGUAAAAUCUUACUGAAGUGGAACUGUAUUCAGAAAAGUGCACAGAAGUGUAUAUAGCUUGAUACAUAUUUACAUAGUGAACACACCUGCAUAACCACCUCCCAGGUCAAGAUGCGGAACACCAGUAACAUCUCAGAAACCUCCUUUCUGCCUUCUGUCAUUCAUUACCCUCCAAAGGUAAUCAUUGCUAUGUUUUGUCACCAUAGGUUAGUUCUGCUUGUUUUUGAACUUUAUGUAAAUAGAAUUACACAAUAUGCACUUGUGAGGAUGGAUUCUUAUACUCAACAUUAUGUUGUGAGAUCCAUCCACAAAUUUUGUGUAGCAUGAGUUUAUUCAUUUUUAUUUUGUUAUAGUAUUCCAUUGUAUGAAUAUGAGUCAGUUUAUCUGGGUAUUUGUUCCAGUUUUUGGCCAAGACAGAUAAUGCUAUAAUGAGCACUCUGUGUAUGUCAUUCACUAAGCGUUCUUUAAAAUCUAAACUAAUUUUCAACCAAAGUACCACUAUAUUUGGGUAGGACUCUUACAUUGAUUGAGAGGAAUGUAAAACUAUCAACUUUAGAUUUUGUUAAGUUAAAUAUAUAUGUUAAGGUUUCUAGGGUAACAGGAAAAUAUGAACUCUCAAACAAGUAGAGAUUUAAAAAAAAAAAUAGAUGACUGACUAUAGUCAAAAGGCAAAAAAGGGGGAAGGGAAAGAAAAAGAGAAUAGAAAAAAGAGAAACAAGACAAAAUAACAUGGUCAAAAUGAAUCCAGAUAUACUGGUAGUCAGAAUAAAAGGAUACUACUAGAACAAUAGAAUACUGUAUAGACCGUUAUGAGAGCUAAGAUUUAUAGAAUAAAAAAUGGGAAUUUUGUCAAUGGAGAAAUGAAACCAAAUGGACACCUAGCUUCAAUACAUUAACUUUGCUAAAGCUGGCUGAUUCAUCAGUGGAGAAUUAAACCAAACUAUCAGCCGGUUAUUUUAUCUUUUAAGGCAGAAUUGCCUUAUGGCCAAUUAGUUAGGCUGUAAAAGAUUUGAAGGGAAAAUGUUUAUGGCAAAGAUGUUUACAGAAAAAUUACCUAUAACAGAGAUCGGGAGCAGGACUUCUGUUGUUAGUCCUCUUUUGUUUUAAUCACAUCAUUUUAUUAACCAAUCUGUUCCCUGUCACCUAUUUUAACAGUAAAUCCCUAAACCAAAGGUUUUGUGCUCUUUCAUUCUAUAAAUUGACUGCUUUUUUGGAUGAUGGCCAUUCUCUAGUGCAUUGUACAGAAGAUUUCACCAUGAAAAGCUGUGAUUGAACCUUCAAUCUUACCACAUUUUCAUCUUGGCAUAAUAAGGCUGCCAUGUCUUCAGCUUUCAGCAUUAAAGUCCAUUGUUCCCACCAUAACAACUGAAAAAGAAAACAUUUUUUCUUUUUUUUUUUUUUAAGAUUUUAUUUAUUUAUUUGAGACAGAGAGAAUGAGAGAGAGAGAGAGCACAUGAGAGGGGGGAGGGUCAGAGGGA